AGGAAAAAACACGUGACAGGGAAAGGCUACAGUAUCUUCCCUUAUUGGUUUUUAAAUGCAUGACGGCCUUCGAGAAACCCUCCCUUACUGAUCCCCGUCAUGCACAAAACAACAAAACCGAGCGGAGAAAAGAUGGCGAGCGUGGAGGAGGCUGGACGCCCCUCCGUUUCCCCCUCCUCGGUAGGACUGGAGGCGCUGUUCACGGCCGAGGCGGCCGGCCGAGCGGACGGGGAUGGCAGCCCGGAGCUGGCCAGGCUUCGGGAGCGCCUCCAGGGCUGGCUGUGGCAGUACGAGCCGGCGGUGCUGUGGGCGCAGAGGCUGCUGGUGUGGGAGAGGCCGCUGCAAAGCAUCUGCGGCGCCUUCGCCCUCAACACCGCGUUCUGGCUCCUGUCGUCCACGCCCCUCCGGCCCAUCUUCCUCAUCAGCGUCUCCCUCAUCAGUCUGGUGCUGCUCGAAAGGUGGAAGGACAAGUUGCCCAGCAUCCCAGUCCAUUAUCCAGACGCCGCCAUGCCUGAAAGGGAGGGCGUGACCGUGCGACCGCGGCUCCUUGGCGUCCCCGAGCUCAGUCACCAUCUCGCCGAGACUUACUUCACCUUCACCCUCUACGUCCAGGAGAUGCUGCUCUACAAACGACAGAACCACGGGAAGUUCUGUGCAUUGAUGUGCGCAAGCUGCCUGGUCCUGGCAGUUUUAGGACACUAUGUUCCAGGCGUCAUGAUCUCCUAUAUUAUAUUGCUCAGUGUGCUGCUCUGGCCCCUGGUGGUGUACCAUGAGCUCAUCCAGAAGAUGUACACGGGCCUGGAGCCCGUACUCAUGAAGCUGGACUACAGCAUGAAGGGGGAGGAGCGGCAUCACAAGCAUGACAAGAGAAAGGUGAAGAAGGAGAGUGAGGAUGGCAGUGAGCCUCAGGCCGAGACGGAGAGCGAGAGUGAGGAGGAGCUGUCCUGCUUCGCCCCCACGGUGGACGUGAAGACCACAACGCUGGCCAUGGCCAUCACCGACUCCGAGCUGUCCGACGAGGAGGUCUCCAUCCUGGAGAGCGGCGGCUUCUCGGUGUCCAGAGCCACCACCCCACAGCUCAGCGACGUCUCAGAGGAUCUGGACCAGCAGAGCCUGAACAGUGAAGCAGGCGAGUCUUUGUCCAGGGAUCUUCCCGAUUUUGCCCGUGGGCACGAGGCUUCACCAGCGUCAUCCGGCCCAAACCAUGUUGCCACUUCUGAUCCCCAGAACCUCCCACAGAGCCCCGAGAGUCUCCUGAUCCGGCAUCUGGCAUCACCGCUGCACUUCGUCAACACUCAUUUCAACGGUCACGGUCACGGGGAGGCGGGGGCCCCAGCACUGGGACUGAGUGAUGUCCCCAGGGGCCCGAACCCGUCCCUUGAGGCACUGAGCGAGGAGAUCGUGAACACCGCCAUCUCUGCCGUGGUGCAGGGCACCUUGAGAGUCCUGCUGAGCUCCAGCGAAUCCCCCCCCGGCGCCCCCGAGCCCGGCUCCGUCUCCACGGACGACGGCGCCGCCAAACUGGACGAGGCGCCGCUUCAAACCACAGCAUCGGCCCACGGGCCAGAUGAGGAUUUCGAGCUUCUGGACCAAAGUGAACUGGAAUCGACAGAUGGGGACCAGGGCGAGAUCGCCGUCGGGCCGGAGACGGAAGCAGGCGUUACCCCGGCGACCCCAGCUCCCAGCCUCCGCUGGCAGGAGUCGUAGCUUGCCGACGAAACUGAAACGGACUAAACUGUUUAUUUUAUUUAUCAUCCAUGAAGUAUUGAGCGCACUAAGGGGGACACGCUGUGUGGCCAGGCCGGGUACCAGCUACGGUUUACUCUUGUGUCUGUGAUUGGGCAGUAGGGUCCCUGUGACUCCCUCCACACCGACAGGAAGUCACCGCCCUGGGGCUAGAUGGCAGUUUGUGGUUGACAGCAUUGCCUUGUCUGUAGCCGACUGGUUAUCACAGUCCCAACAGGUCCUGCACACUAACAGCUGUUGGGCUUUAAGAGGGUGUAUAGAACUCGAAUUUGUGUGUUGUUUAGGAUUCGGUUAACUUUUGGCUAAUCCAUAGUAAAAUUGGAACUGCUAAUUCAAGGCUAAUCUUCACGGCACAUUGAGUAUGUUACAUCAUUCUAACCUGCAAGUUGUUUCCCCUUUCAGAGAACGAUUGUAAACCUUGUAGCUGUAUGUUCAGAGAUCCUAGUGGAAAGUUGGCCAGUUUUUACCACAUGAUCAAGCGACAAAUUAUUCUACUUUUUCUGACAUUAAGCUACAUUUGUUUAAUCGAGAGUAUAGACACUACACUGAAGUAUUUAAGAUUUUUAUUAAAAUGUUUUGCAAUAUUUGCUAUGUUUUAUAUUAUGUUUAAAAAUUGGUUAAUCUGUGUUGCUUUUUUUAACUGAAGUUCCUUAAUGCGCUAAAAUCCAACAUGACACAUUGACACCUAAUUGUCAGAAUAUUCUCAAAUCAGGCGUAAUUCUUGCAGAGAAGUUCUGUGUGGAGACCAGCAAGUUCUUAAAUUGAGAACUUGGUGUUGUGUUUGUGGGUUUGGGUUCUCCUUGAGAAAUGACCACAAAAAGAAAAAAAAAUCCCAGUGUGGUAUCCCCCCCCCCCUCAGGUUAUAUUUUUCACUGAGAUUGUUGUCUGUGGUUUUCUGUUUUUGUUUUUUUAAUAUCAGACCUGUCAGACUGAGAGCCGCAACCACAAGUUUGCCUUUGUUGGGGUCUCUGAAUGCAACAAUCUUCGCUUUCUGAUCCACAAAGCUGGAGUUCUAAGGUGUAUCUGACACCUCCCUGCUUGAUAGGUACAUGCAGACAUCCCAGCUCUCUCUCAAGUUCCAGGAGUCUCCUGCGUGUUGACGGCAGAUCCCAGAUGCCCGCUGUCCUCCUCCAAAGAUUCUAGAUAAGCUCUGGGGUCUUUGCUCUCUCUUGUGCGCUCUCGCUCUGCAAAACAAAUUUCCGGGAUAUUGUAUAUAAUUUGCGGAUGUCAGGGAGUCACUACUAUCAUGUGGGAGAGUCCAGGAACCUCCAGAAGAGGUGGGAUGUCUGCACAUGGGUCAGCUGCAGUGGACCAGAGGACACUAGUGAAGUUUGGAGAUGUUUGACCCAAACUGCUAUCAUCACCCCAGGGAAAUUUAGUCCUGAUGCUGUAACAUAAAGUAAGGGAACACUAGACAAACGUGUUUGUUUUGUGAGUAAAUUGUCUGCAUUUGUCCCCAAGCUCCGUACCACCUUGUUGUUGUUUAGUCAAGUACUUUCUUGCGUAAAUGAAGAGACAAUAUUGGUUCUAUGUAAUUCUGUAAACGGUGAACAACAAAGACUGUGAACGAGGCAGCGUGGGACUGGUAGCUGACAACCUGUUUUGGGGUGAAAAUAUGUUAAGUGGUUAACUGGCUGCUGGCGUAUUGGCUUAAGUGGCCUCCUGCCAAUAUGACCCCCCAGCAGGGAAAUUCAGGGGCGGACGCUGAGAGCAAGCCAGCGAUCAGCACCACCCUCAGGCAUUAGAGCCGGCCACCCCUCUGCAAAGCUGCUUAUCGCCAAGACAAAGACUAAUAUUUGGGUACCGCUUCAGAAUAAAAAAAAAAAAAACAGGUGAAAAGGGAGAAAAAUUUCUACCAAACAUAAGCUGGGCGUUUCAGUCUCUAAACUCAAAUGUGGUCCUUUUACUUUCAGGGUAAGAGUAAAGCUUUGUUACUGAAAUGUGAAGGUAAACAUUUCAGAUACGGAGAAGCUUUGUGCCCAGUCGGUGGUAUAAAUGAGCUCUGGUUUCGAAAACACCCACUUUUUUUUCUUCUGAGUUUUGGAAAGUCUGCCUACGUAAAUAUCCUUUAAGUAAGCAUUGCAAGUUGGCUGCUGAGCCUCCUUAUCAGUCGUCACAACAGACACGGUCUUGAAAAAACGCCGCUUUCUGGAUAAGCUACACUGUCCAGGCGAAAUUCAGGAAGUGUGACCAGUCUCUGCCUGGUCAGCUGGGCCAAUGUGGUCCGUGGGUUUUGUUAAAAAAAAAAAAAAAAAAAAAAAUGUGUUUGUACAGUCAUGGCUGUUUAGUCCCUUUACCUUUUGAAACUUCCUUAGCUGGUAACCCCACUGUGUGAUAAAACUGUAUUAAGCUAACAGCAUGCAGAAACCAUCCUAAACCUUAACUAUGCCCACGAAACUCAAGUUGUAAGUUUGAGUUCUCCUUGGCGCAAAGUGACCCUUAAAAACAACCCUUAGGAAAGCAAUCAGAUUUGCAAUAAUAGUCUCUUGGAAUACAGUGUUUGCCUGUAUAAUCUGAACAGCAGAGUGAUUUACAGCAAGCAACUGGCCUCAGAUGCCAAAUUGUGACCUGAAAAUGUGUUUGGGACAAGGUGACCCAGACUGAAAAGAUCACAGGAUGCAAAGUGCUGACCCCAAAUCCACUAAGAGAAACAGAAAACAAUCAUUUCGGGAAAAUUUGAUUCUUAUAUAUAGGGGGAAAUAUGUGCUUACAGAAUUGCAAUUAGGCCUACAGGAUUAAAAACUGGCUAUGUACAGAUUUUCAUGAAGAAUCCUCGAUGGACAUGGUUUUGAUUUGAGAAGUUUUAAUUAAUGUCAUGUGUUGAUAUGUAUUGUUUGAUUUUAUCGUGUCUUGAUAUAUAAACGCAUUUAAACCGUGA